AUGUUUCAAUUUAUUAAGUUUUUAGUGCUCAGUUUGUCGUUUGUUUUUGCUUAUUGCCGCGAGAGUAAGGUUAAUAUGGAUUUUGAAAGGCUCUAUUACGACCCGAUUAAAAGGUGUGAAAAAUAUGAAAGUGGACAUAAUAGAUCGUCGAAGAAUUGCUGGUCUUUGAACUUUAAAGCAUUUGGGAAAAUCUUUCGUCUUCAUUCAACGAAGCGUGGAUUUAUUAAUGGACGUGUUAUCAAUAAUAAGAACAAAUUCGAUCGAAAUAUGGAGACUAAUGGAGUUAGCGAUCUAUUACUUAAAGUAAAUGGUUGGGUAUCGAACAAUGGAUAUUUUUAUGGAAUUCUAUCUAGCACGGAGGAAACGUAUCGUAUAGAACCUGUCAAAAAAAUUUUCAUACCAUCAAAUUUUCAUUCUACAAUCUAUGCUAUCCAAAAUGAAAAUUUAAAAGAAUCGUAUGAUUUGAUGAAGAGAAACGGGAUACGCAGCAAACGUAAUAGUCAUACUCGUAAAAAAAUUGAUAAAAAGAUUUGUCGAGUAUCUCUUGAGGCUGAUUACACUUUCCUAAAAAUGGCUGGCAGUAUUUUUCAUUCUGUCUCCCUCAUGAAGCAACAUAUACAAUGGGUUAAUGAAAUAUUUCAAGAAUCCUUCGCAAGUGGAGGUAAACAAAAGAGUAGAAAAUUACCUUCACUUACUCAUAACAAAAGUGCUUAUAUCCAGUUUCAAGUUGCAAACAUUCGUGUAUACAACGAGUUGGAUAGCCAUCGGAUAUUAGGACCCAGGGAAUUAGAUGCUCCGACAUUUGUCCACUUGAUGAAGGAAAGAAGAGUUUAUUCUAAAUAUUGCUUGGCUUUGUUUUUCACUGCUCGAAGUUUUAUUGAUGGUGUUUUGAGUUUGUCUAAACUGGGGGGAGUUUGUACUGACUGGAAUGUCGGCGUUGUCACAUUUAUGCGUGAAGGCAGCGUCAUGUCGUCUUAUAUCACUAAAAUGGCUGUUGCUAAUGUUAUUGGCCAAGCAUUUGGAGCAAAGUCCGGUAGUGGAGAAACUGAAGGCAAUGGAAACACAGACUUCAUAAUGACAGAGUUCCUUGGUAGUUUAGAGAAACCUCCAAAGUAUCUGUUCUCUCCAUUCAGUUUUAAGGAGAUUUUGUCUCGCAUCGACUCAUCAAAGAACGUUGAUUGUUUUGAAACCAACAAAGAAACUAGCUCAUGUGGAAAUGGUGUCGUCGAGAAAGGAGAACAAUGCGACUGUGGUGAUUUGAUCAUGUGUAAAAUAUUGGAGCCUGGUAACUGUUGUGACGUCACAACAUGUCGUCUGAGAUCUCAAGCUAUAUGUAGUUCGUCAAAUGGUCUUUGUUGCGAUGGUAAAACGUGUGAAUUCAAAAAAAUUGAUGAGAAAUGUUUAGAAAAGACAGAAUGUUCCAAAGCAGCCACAUGCAGAGGUAAUAGUUCAAAAUGUCCUCCACCUGUCCCUGAAAGUAACUACCUUGAGUGUGAUGGAAAUUCUAGUUUAUGCGUAAAUGGAUCGUGCAGUGGAAAAUCAGUUUGUUUAAAGUUUGGAUUAAAGUCUUGUUUUUGUGAGAAGAAUCACAAAGAUGAAUGUAAAAUAUGUUGUAUAAAUAAUGGUCAUUGUUUACCUGUGGAUAAUAUACCAAAGGUUAUGUCGAAGUCAGCGUACCGUAGCGCAGGCUCAUUUUGUAGGAAUAGAACUGGAUAUUGCGAUGUGUUUCACGAUUGUCACCUAUUGAAUCCAGAUGUUCCAUUUUCACAUCGCUACGAUCCAUACUCGAGAAAGAAAGGAAUCAAAGAAAUAACUCAAUCAUUUUGGUGGGUUAUAUUCAUUGGUAUCGUUGCCGUGAUUUCAUGCACGACGUUGACAGUUAAACAUCUUGCAUUGUACACAAGAAGUGAUAACUUGGAGUUAGAGGUUAAACAACCAUCAAAACGAUUGCCAUCGAUUAAUCUGUCGCGUUCAAAAGAAGAAGAGAAGGAAGUUAUACUUUCUGAUACUGUUUAAUUGGCUUUCCUCAAGAUGAUGUACUGCCAUGGUUUAAUUGGCUUUCCUCAAGAUGAUGUUGAAGAGGCGUUAUUUUAUUUGUAGACGGACUGAUAUAUCACUGUACUACAGGUUUCCGAUGAUUUAAUUUCAUCACCAUAUGUUGAGGAAGUGUUCAAUAAUGGUUGUUGGAUUGGAUUAUAAGAGAGAUUUUCCAUUGAAGAUCUGAGAUUUCUUUACUUUUAUCUUGCAUCUGAACAACUGAAACUUUAGAAAUUGUAAUGUGUACAUACAACUUACUGAAUUAUUCAUUUUAAGAUUGUAGGCAGUAAGAUGAUUAAAGAUGAACUGUUCAUUCA